AUGCUCAUUACGCUCUGUAGAAAGAGCACAGACAACGGCCAAGUUCUGCAGAAGACAAUUGCAAGCAUCCUUAAAGAGGAAGCUAAAGUGAUUUGCAAAGGGCCACAGAAAGAUAUCGAAAUCAGAGACAUUGAUGAUACCACAAUCAGGGAUGAUAUUCAGGCCGCCUUGCAAACGGUAACUGGAGAAUCCUGCGAGAUACCACUAGAGGCAAUUAAGAUCCGUAAGGCCUACAGAGAUACUCAGACUGCUGUAGUGACACUACCAGCAGCUACAGCGCCGAAGGUACUAGACGGAAACGGCAAGAUCAGGAUCGGUUGGGUCAACUGCCGAAUAAGAGCAACGAAGAGACCAAUCCAAUGCUUCAAAUGCUGGCACUUUGGACAUCAUGGACAACAAUGCAAAAGCGAAGUAGACCGGUCUAAGCUCUGUAUCAGAUGCGGACAAGAAGGACAUCGUAUCGCUGAUUGUAAGAAGCCAUAA